AUGUCGUCCCCUCCCGUCUGUCCCCAGGGUCAGAUCUGCAGAGCGGAGUUGGAGAAAUGGUCCAGUCAGAAGUGCCAGGAGCCUGAGGUCAUGCCAGAGGAGGCCCACAUGUUUGACCUGGACUGCUUCCUGUCCAACAUCUCCGACACCCUGUUCACCAUGACCCAGAAGCCCUGCCCUGGAGCCAAUGACGGACACAACACGUAUACCAGCAACGCUGACAUGAUCCAGCCAGGUCUCGCCUCACUGCAGCCCAAUCUGGACGACUUCAUGGAUAUCCCAGAUAUCUUUAUGAGCUAUCAGGGACAGUCGUUGGAGCGGCUGGACCAGCAGGCUGGUUAUCCUGACUUUGAGAGCUCCUCAUGCGGGCCUUUCUCCUCUCUGUCGACCCCUGUGGUGACCGCUCCUCAGUCAAACGUCUACACACAACUAGCUCAGCCCAACCUCUCGUCCAACUCAGGCCCUAGCUACCACAGUCAUCCCCUGACCUCUGACAUGACUUUCAACCCCAUCAACAACCUUAAAUUCAAAGGUCACCAACAACAGGAUUACUACAUCGAGUAUCACCCUCCCGGCAUGGUAUCAGGGGUCGUCCCCUCUUAUGGACACCAGCCUUACCCCGGCGCCGCCAUCUCCAUGGCAACCACUAACAUACAACAGCAAGGAGACGGAACCAAAGGUCACAGGUCAAGCUCUCCCAACUCCCCACAUUGUAGCAGCAGCAUGCAUAUUGGAAGGUCUGGAUCUGAGCUGCAGCCUGGGUCUCCCUGGUCUUCAGGGAUCCCACAGCUGACAUCAAUACACUGCCAGACGUCCACCCUGGGCCACACUGGGUUCCACACUGGGUUCCACACUGGCACCUCCCAUGGUUCUGCUGUCUCUGCCUUCCUCACCCAGGACUCAACGCACACUAACACACCCCUCCUCAUCCCCAAGAAAGAGAAACUCUCCCCUGUACAGAUCUACGGCUCUGAGAUAACUAGUUUAACAGUGAGCUUUUCAAGACACUCAGGCCAGAUGUCCCCAACCAACCUUCUAGAGAGAGAAUUCAACCCUGAGUCUCCACCUGGACUUUCCAAAAUGGAGUCAAACAAGACACAGUCCAGAGGGAUAACUCACAUCUCUGCUGAGCAGAAGAGACGUUUCAACAUCAAGCUAGGCUUUGAUACUCUGCACAGUCUCGUCACCACGAUGAGCACUCAGCCAAGUAUAAAGAUCAGCAAGGCCAUGACGCUACAGAAGACAGCAGAGUACAUCAGUAAGAUUCAGCAGGAGAGAGCUCAGCUGCACGAGGAGGCUCAGAGACUCAGAGGCCAGAUUCUGCUCCUUAACUCUGCCAUCAAUGUGUACCAGCUGCAGCUGCCCGUCACUGGCGUGCCCAUCACCUGCCAACGCUUUGACCACAUGAGGGAGAAGUUCAGAGAGUACGUCCGGGCACAGACACUACAGAACUGGAAGUUCUGGAUCUUCAGCAUCAUGGUAGAGCCCCUGUUUGAGUCCUAUAACAGGAUGGUGUCUACAGUCAGUGUAGAGGAUCUGUGUCGUACUACUCUGUCCUGGCUGGACCAGCACUGCUCCCUACCUGCCCUCAGACCCAUGGUCCUUAGCUCACUCCGUCUCCUCAGCACAUCCACGUCCAUCCUGACAGACCCCAGUCUGGUCCCAGAGCAGGCCACCCAUGCAGUCACCCAGGCUCAGUGCCUCCCCCACCCCACCCUACCCGUCCCCAGGACCAUUCCCCCUCCACGUGGCCCAUCAACACCCCUACAACGUGGCCCAUCAACACCCCUUCUACGUGGCCCAUCAACACCCCUUCCUCAUGGCCCAUCAACAGGGAAAACACACAGCCCAUGUGACCCUAUGGAACAAUUUCAAUAGAUGGAAAACCAAGCCGUGCCAAAGGAUCACAGAGCUGAACCCACUUUAAAGCACACAUACAGCAGGUACUAGUGCUGAGCGAUUUACUGAAAUGUCUGCCAUUUUUCAGCUUUUAAAACAACAUCAGUUUAAUUAUUUGAAUUCCAUUUCGUUCUGUUUUUUUUUCUGUGAUUGUAAUGCUCAGUUUCUCUAGAGAUAAAUCAGAUCAAGCCUGAACUGUGCGAUGUAGUAGACCAAUAUUCUACAUAGUUUAGCGCAGAAAACGUGGUAAUUAACUACAAUGACCCUAAUCCAUUGCACGUCUGUUUGUCCGGUUUGUGUUGGGCAGACACAGACAAGGAGAGGAUAGACAGGAGAACGAUGGAGAGUGAUAGAAAGCAAUUGCUUCGCUAAGUAUCUCUACCUGAAAAUACAUGAUCUAAGAAAUUGAUAGUUGGUAUUCAGUAGUCAAAUUAUUUACUUUGCCUUAUUUACUUUGAAGAACAACUAAAAUUGUGAUUUUGUCAGACAGCAUAGACUGCAGCUCUAUAGAGAUGAGAUAAUGACUUGGAAUGAAAUAAUACAGUCAACAAAUAGCCCUAAAACAAAUAUAAUA